ACACAAAUAAAUACCUAAGUCCACCCUCAUUUCACAUUCUACACUCACUCUUUCACUCUUCUUCGUCUCAAACCUCUUCGUUCCUUCGAUUCAUUCCAUUUCUUCCAAAAUGGCCAAAGACCCAGUUCGCGUUCUCGUCACUGGAGCCGCAGGGCAAAUUGGAUAUGCUCUUGUCCCUAUGAUUGCUAGGGGAGUGAUGCUGGGUCCUGACCAGCCCGUGAUCCUCCACAUGCUUGACAUUCCUCCAGCAGCAGAGUCGUUGAAUGGGGUUAAAAUGGAAUUGGUGGAUGCUGCAUUCCCUCUUCUUAAAGGUGUUGUUGCUACAACCGAUGUGGUUGAGGCAUGCACUGGGGUCAAUAUUGCAGUGAUGGUUGGUGGAUUCCCUAGAAAAGAAGGUAUGGAGAGGAAGGAUGUGAUGACUAAGAACGUCUCCAUUUACAAGUCCCAGGCUUCUGCCCUUGAAAAGCAUGCUGCUGCCAACUGCAAGGUUCUUGUUGUUGCUAACCCAGCAAACACCAAUGCAUUGAUCUUGAAAGAAUUUGCUCCAUCUAUUCCCGAGAAAAACAUUUCUUGUUUGACUAGAUUGGACCACAAUAGGGCACUGGGCCAAAUUUCUGAGAGACUGAACAUUCAGGUUUCUGAUGUAAAGAAUGUCAUUAUCUGGGGCAAUCACUCAUCAACCCAAUAUCCUGAUGUUAACCAUGCAACUGUUGGGGAGAAGCCCGUCCGCGAGCUUAUAGCUGAUGAUGCCUGGUUGAAUGGUGAAUUCAUUACUACUGUUCAACAACGUGGUGCUGCAAUUAUCAAAGCUAGAAAGCUUUCAAGUGCACUAUCAGCUGCUAGUGCUGCUUGUGACCAUAUUAGAGAUUGGGUUCUUGGAACUCCUCAGGGCACCUGGGUGUCAAUGGGAGUAUAUUCUGAUGGUUCCUACAAUGUUCCAGCUGGACUGAUCUAUUCAUUCCCUGUCACUUGUGCCAAUGGGGAAUGGACAAUAGUUCAAGGACUUCCCAUUGAUGAGUUCUCAAGGAAGAAGUUGGACUUGACCGCAGAAGAGCUUUCUGAGGAGAAGGCAUUGGCUUACUCAUGCCUAAAUUAGAGACCAUCGCUCCUUCUUGGCUACUGUCCUUGUUAGUAGGUUCCCAUGGUUUGCCCACAGAAGUGUAGCUUCAAUUUUGAAUAAUGCUCCUUCUAAGAUACCAAGGAACUAUCACUCGAGAGAGUUUGUCUUUCAUUGGAAUUACUUGUAUUUCAACAUCUAAUCCUUUUAGGAGGAUAGUAUAUUUGAGCUUUACAGUUUUAGUCAUGGAAUUAGACCAUGGGCCGCAUAUUGAAUUUUGGAUCAGUCCUCUAAUUUUAUGUGUUAGUGCCCCUUUUUUAUGGCUAGAACUUUUUGCUGUGUUUGUGGUGGCUGUACAAGAUUUCUUGAUGUAUGUGGGAUGCACAAGCGUGCAAACUCAUACGUAGAGUAUUAUGCACUGCUAUUACGCAAUAAGGUCAUCAUGGAUUAUUUUUAGCUCUA